AUGCCACGACGAGGGAUUCAUCCGUUACUUCAUCGCCUGACGACGGUGUGCACGAACGGCUCGACGCAUAGAACGUGGACGACGGUGAAACAACUCGGAGACGCGCUGUUCUUACAGCUGGACGAGCACAAUCACCCGGCGUACGCGGGACGGGAGGUGAAGAGCGCGGUGACCGGGCAAGCGGCGAAGUUUAAGAGAAAGUUUGAUUUCUUAUCGCAAGGCGUGAAGCGAUCGAAGAAGUGA